AUGGCGGUCGUCCUGCUCUUCCUAAGCCUUAGCAUCCUCCUUGUGUCGGCAGCGGCAACGGGGCAGCUCUGCGGCAGCCGCGGCAACUACACGGCCAACAGCACCUACCAGUCCAACCUCGCCGCCGUCGCCGCCACCCUCCCCAACAAGGCGUCUUCCUCCUCGCAACUGUUUGCCACCGCGACCGCCGGCCAAGCCUCCGACGUGGUGUACGCGCUCGCGCUCUGCCGUGGCGACACGGUGAACGCCGCGGCCUGCAGGGACUGCGUCGCCACCUCGUUCCGGGAAGCGCAGCGGGCGUGCCCGUUCCAGCAGGGCGCCACCGUCUACUACGACGACGGCGAGCAGCAGCAGCAGCAGCAGACUGCACGCCGGAUCUGCCCACUGGGGAUUGCCUGGCGUGCCUCCAGCGGAUCAUCGCCAUGGUCAACACCACCACGGCGGUGCGCCUGGGUGGACAGAUCCUCGUGCUGCGCUGCAACAUCAGGAAAAGGAAUCAAACCAUGGGUAAUUGCCAUAUCUGUAGCUGCUCCAGUAGCACUUAUCGCAUUCUGCUUCAUCGUUUGCUAUCCUCGGCUCGGAAGAAGGCACAGAAAAGGUCAGGUGAGAUUGCGAGAAAAGCGGCACACCCACGAGUCGCAAAGAGGAGAUGAACAUGUUUGGGAAAUGGAAGCAGAGUUCUCUGAGUUUUCGAUCUUCGAUUUUCAUCAAAUAUUAGAGGCCACAAGUAACUUUUCUGAAGAAAAUAAACUUGGCAAAGGUGGAUUUGGCCCUGUUUAUAAGGGCCACUUUCCCGAUGGAACUGAAAUUGCAGUAAAGAGACUUGAUUCACAUUCCGGACAAGAUAAUAAUAGAAAAGCUUUAAUUGAUUUGAACAAACGUCUUGAAAUAAUUGAAGGAAUAGCAGAAGGACUUCUUUACCUACAUAUGCACUCUCGGUUGUGUGUCAUACAUCGAGACCUUAAACCAAGCAACAUUCUCUUGGACAACGAAAUGAAUCCUAAAAUUUCAGACUUUGGACUGGCAAAAAUAUUUAGCUCUAAUGCUGAAGGAAUCAUUACGAGAAGAGUGGCUGGUACAUAUGGCUACAUGGCCCCCGAGUAUGCUUCACAGGGCAUCUUUUCCAUCAAAUCCAUGGCUUCAUCAUCGUCCAUGGCUUCCGUCGUCUAUAGUUGA